UCAGAGCAAAAGCUUUUUCAAGUAGCUGAACAAAAGAGUGCAGCUCGAACGUUUGGCAGCUCAGUUAUACGAAAAACGCUAAAGCGUGCGGUUCCAGUCGUAGAGCAAAGUUUACGAAUUUGUUUAUAAUUUAAAUACACUAAUAGUAUACUUUUUUCGGGCAAUAAAAAUAUACAUAUAUACGAUGGCUGCAAACAAAUUGUGCUGCACAUUGGCUAUUGGAGCUCUGUUGUGUCUCGGCUUCGCUGCUCUAAUACAAGCACAGGAUAAGCCCGUUACUGAUGUGUGCCUGGGCUGCAUCUGCGAGGCCAUCAGCGGCUGCAAUCAGACCCGUUAUUGCGGCGGCGGCGUCUGCGGGCUGUUUCGCAUCACCUGGGCCUACUGGGCGGAUGGCGGCAAACUGACCUUGAACAACGAAAGUCCCCAGUCUGAGGAUGCCUAUGCCAACUGCGUGAACGAUCCGUACUGUGCAGCCAAUACCAUUCAGAACUAUAUGUCAAAGUUUGGACAAGAUUGCAACGGAGACGGAGGCGUUGAUUGCUACGAUUAUGCGGCUAUCCACAAGCUGGGCGGCUAUGGCUGCAAGGGCGAACUGAGCUAUCAAUACCAGAGUGCGCUGGACAAAUGCUUGACUACCUUCUCGCCUCUCGAUGUGCGCACAUCGGGCUGAGUUCUAUAUCUAAAAAUAUGAUCUACGGCACUAUGUUUUAAUUAUUUAUAUGCGGAGCUACAAAUUGGAAUUUGUUUAUCUAAUCAUUUUGAAUUGUGCAAAACCCUUUGAGAAUUAUAUAUUUUGUAUAAAUAAA